AAUUAUAAUUAUACACGUGAGAAGGAGAUACGUACGAGGUAAUGUGUAAACAAUUUGACAACACAAAAAUCAUUUAAUAACAUUUCAAGUUUUUUAAUAGUUACAAGAUGACCUGGAGAAACUAAAGCUCGCUGUUCUUAAAGUGAAAAUGGAGAUGCGUGAUAAAGCCGAUAUUAUGAAGAAAACUGAGGACAAAAGUAAAGAAAAUAAUAAAUUCCGUUUGUACAAACGUCGAUGGAUAGUUCUAGCCGUAUUCUCCUUGAUUUCGAUGACAAACGAAGUGAUAUGGAUAAGUCUGUCUUCUAUAACAAGCAUUGUGAAAGCAUACUACAACGUUAGCUAUGUGGCAGUUAACAUGCUUUCAAUGAUCUAUAUGAUUUUCUACGUUUUUGUUAUUGUUUCUGCGUAUCUCCUCGAUAAACAAGGAUUGAAAUUCACUAUUGUGAUUGGUGGAGCCUUAAACGGGAUUGGAAGUUGCUUGCGUUUAAUUGGUGCAUCGAGAGAUGGGUUUGUUUAUGCUUUUCUUGGCAACGCCUCUGCAGCGUUAGCGCAGUGUUUUAUUUUAUUUGUUCCUCCAACUCUCGCCGCUGUUUGGUUUGGAGAAAAAGAGAGAGCGACGGCGUCGGCCAUUGGAGUAUUGAUGAAUAUGUUAGGUGUCGCUGUCGGUUUUUUAAUGGGUGGUACGAUGGUUCCCAGUUCGGAAAAUUAUGAUGAUGGUAUGUUCAAUACUUUAAUGGCGCAAGCAGUCUUCUGCACUUUUUUGGUCAUUUUAAGUGUUAUUUUAAUACGAAACGCACCCUCGUCUCCGCCGAGUAUGUCGCAGUUACUAAUACUCGAAAGUAAGCAUGCGGCUGCUAAAAAGACAAAUAAAAACCGUGUAGGAACAAAAGCAGUCGGAGAUGCCGAUAAACAAGUAGCAGCAGCAGGGGAGUCGUCAAAGGCAAGUACAGACUCAAAUGUAAAGACCGCCGGGUUUUUGCAAAAUUUGAAGUCGUUAUCAAAAGAUAAAGCCUUUCAUUUAGUUACACAGUCGUACGGAUUGUAUUUCGGAUUAUUCGCAGCAUAUAACACGGUACUCAACCAAAUGUGCAUGGUUAACUAUCCUGGCAAAGAGAAGGAAAUCGGAUUAAUGGGGUUUACGUCUGUUCUUCUUGGUUUAGUCGGAAUACUCUUAGCUGGUAUUUGGAUCGAUAGAACAAGCCGAUAUAAAUCCAUAUCAAUCGGAACAUUUACAUGCUGUUCUGUAGCCUUACUAAUAUUCACUUUACUACUUCAAUAUGGUGGCAACUUCACCUUAGUAUUUGUAAGCUUCUGUAUAUUUGGAUUUUUCUCAUAUCCUUAUAUGACAGUCGGCCUUGAACAUGCUGCAGAAGUCACAUAUCCGAUACCUGAAGGAAUCACCUCGGGUAUUUUACUACUAUUAGGAAACAUUUACGGAAUUAUACUCACUUUUAUUCUUGGUGCAAUAAUUGAGAAAGGAAGAGCAGAUGUGGCUGGUUAUGUUAUGGUUGUGAUCUACACACUUGGUCUUGUAGUGGUUAUCUGUAUUAAGGGCGAAUUAAAACGCCUAAAAACUGAUCGGCUCAAAUUGAAUGAAAAAUUGGCUUUUACUUGAUGUGUGCAGCAGCAGUUGAUGCAUUCAGUGAGGUCAAUUUAAAGACAAACAAACGAACAAUAAACAAGUAUGAGUAAAAUUUUGGUAUUCACAAGCAACACGAAAUACAAAAAAAGUACCACGCAACCUCAAUCCCAGAGCCCUUUGAUCCUCCUAGCUUAUAUUUAGACAGCGACAAUACCAAAAAGAGAAAGAUGCUCUAGGUCGAGGUUGCUGCCCAUCGUUUUUCAAGCAACCGAACCCUCUUAAGCGUUUACAUUUUUAUAAAGAUUUUUUAGAGCGUCUCGUCUAAAGAGAGAAGAAGGUUGCUGUUAAAGUCAUAGAAGUGUCUCUUAAGCAGGAAUUAUUUAUAAUAAGCGCCCUGGCUAAAGAAAUACUUGAUUUGUACAAGUUAUUUAUAAAUCUAUAAAAUAUGGGUGCUUUACAUGAUUCAGGCGCAAUCUUUUGUUAUUGUUUCCUUAUUUUUUGUUUAAGAAAAGUUUGUUGGUUGUUUUAUUUGCUUCA